UAUAAGCCGCACAGUCUCACAAGAGGAAAGCAAGAGCUGCCAGAGGGACUUGCACACACACAAACACACACUCGCAGACUCAGGUCCAACAGCCAUGAAGCUCCUUGUCGUGCUCGUCGUGGCCGCCUUCACCGGCUGUCACGCCAACCUCUUCUACGCCGAUGCGCCCAAGCCACAGCUGGAAGCGCUGACCGAUUCCUUCUGGGCCUACGUCGCCAAAGCCACGCAGACGGCCGACGACACCCUCCAGCUGGUCAGGAAGUCUCAGUUCGGACAGGAUGUCAGUGCUCGCCUCACGGAGAGCGCAGACAUCGCCAGCAAGUACGCAGUGACCCUCCAGGAGCAGCUGCCGCCCGCAGCUCAGGACCUCAUCGCCAAGGUGUCCGCGGAGGCUGACGUGCUGAAGGAGCGCGUCACCCAGGAGCUGAGCUCCGUGCGAGACAGGGUGGAGCCCUUCACCGAGGACCUGAAGGCCCAGAUCCAGCAGAAGGUGGAGCAGCUCAAGCAGGACCUGGCGCCGUACGCCGACUCCCUGGACUCCGAGGCCCUGAGGACCGCGCUGACGCAGAAGAGCGAGGAGCUGAAGACCGGCCUGGAGCAGUCUGUGAAGGACCUGCACACCCAGCUGGGGCCCUACACCGACGACCUGAAGGCCAAGGUGGACCGGCACCUGGUGGAAUUCAAGGAGCGCGUGGCCCCCAUGACCGUUCAGGUGCAGAGCGAGGUGAUGCAGAGAGCCCAGCAGGUUAAAGACAUAGCCGCCCCCUACGUGGAUGAGCUGAGAGAGAAGCUGGACCCCUACGCCCAGGACCUCCAGGCCCGCCUCACCUCCCUCUACGAAUCCUUCGUCAAAUCCAAAUAAGUAGUUUAGCCACCAAAGAACUGCCUCUAAUCACUUUGAGAACAUGUGAUUCUCCAUUUGACACACAAGCUCGCCGGUUCUGAGAGUGGAGGGUGUGUAAGGACAAUGACAGUAUUAUUAAGUGUCGGUCUGUGACCACAAUGCUCGCUUCUUCUGUAUUAUGACAAUAAAGUAAAAGCAAAACAUGA